CAUAAAAAAAUUCGGAACGCGACGCUCUGCAGUUUUUAUGUAGAUUUUCUUUUCAGUUUUAAAUUUCAAUUUCAAUUUAUUUGAUUUUUUAGUUUAUAAUCAAGCUUAAUAUGUGCACAAGUAUAGUUAACUUUUCAGAAGGUUGAUUGUUUGUCAUUUUUGAAGGUUUAGUUUGGUCGAUCUCAAGUUUUUCCAACAAAACAUCGAAACACUUUAUAAAACAAUAACAUGGAACUUCCCAUGUGUCGCCUCUGUUUGGCACCCAAUUCCGGAUGCACAGACCUGUUCGAUACCCGAACGAGACAACCCAACGUUCUGUUGCUCCAAAAAGUUGUCGAGUGUACCUCCAUUAAGCUCACGGUAGAAGACGACUGUCCUUCGUCUGUCUGUGGCCAUUGCGUGGGGAAACUAAACGAGCUAUCCGCCUUCAAGAUUCAGUGCAUCGUCAAUAAUGAUUUUUACCGGGAAAAACAAGCCGAAUUGCGCAAACAGUUAAUCGCCAGUUUGGAUCCGGAAUUCGCCGCCCAAGUGACCGCAGCUGUUGCCAACCAGAAGCGCAAAGCAGAAGCUGUGCAGUUGCUCUUGCAAGUUCCGCAGCAUCAACAGCAGCCGACAGCAACUACUGAAGUUGUUUGUCUGGAUGAUGAUGAGGAGGAACAACCCGCCAAGCAGCCGGAGCAACCUAAAAAUCCUGAACCGGUCACCAUUAUUACGGCUCGAAUGCCGUCUGGCCCUGUACAGAAAACUCCUGUCAAGGUGGUGGAAGAGAUUAUUAUCGACGAUGAUGAGGAAGAGACUGACGCCAUGGAUCAACAACAAGACGAACAACAACAGCACUAUGAGCAGCCCACAUCAACUCUGAACACAUCAUCCGGCUUCCGAAGAUCGCUACAGAACUACGAAGAUGGCAACGAAGAUUUCCCGUUGGACGACUACGAGCUGGUCGAGGGUCAAGAAGUCGAUGACCUCCAGCAGGAACAGCAAUACAUUGCCUAUCACCAGCAGCAACAACAGCUUCAGUACCAGCAGCAGUAUCAGGAGGAGCAGAACAUGAUGGACAACGGAGCGAUCCUCACUUCGAUCCUGCUGGACGACGAAGAGGACAGCACCGAUGGGCUGCAACCCUCCUCGAAACGACCGCUUCAGUACUUCGAGUGUCACGUGUGCCAGCGCGAAUUCACCGCCCAAUCAAAGUUGGAACUGCAUCUGAAGCAGCACUCCCAAAACCGGUUGAAGUGUUUCAUCUGCGGCAAGUGGGUGGUGCUGCAUCUGCUGAGACAUCUGCGUUCCCAGCAUCCUGGUCAGCAGUUUCCGGAACCGGUUCGUUGCUGGCACAACAAGUGCGCCCACGUACAGGAAGUCUUCUACGGCGUCGAUCAGCUGCUGGCGCACAUGGACGCAAAACGAACCUAUCGGAAGUGAAUGUGGUCCUGAAAAACACUUGCAAUUAUAACCGGCAAACAGUUCGAUAUUAAGAAUAUCGAUAACAAAUCUCUAACCUUAACGAUGGCACCGGAGCUAAUCGGAAACACGAUUUAUUCCCUCCGAUGUGUUUCUUACGAAUGAACUAUUUUGAAGUUAAAUUAAGUAACCGAUGGCAAUAAGACAGUAACUGAAACUUACUGAAUCAUACAAUGACCACAAUUUUUAUUACCUAUUAUUAGUUUUUAAAGGCCUCUAGUGUACUGUUGAGAUUCUUAUUCCCCGCAAACUGUAGGUAUUGAGCGUAUCGGUGCGUACGCGAUCGUUGAAGAGUAUUUUUUCAAAUUACGCGAUUAAAUUGUAAACGAAUUAA